AUAAUCAAAAUAAACAACCAGUAGUGAAUCAUUUAAAUAACUUUAAUAAACAAGUAUCAAGAAGUACUUAGAUUUAUAAGUACCACGACUGACUGUUGCAAUUGUUGCUUGCAUCCAUUCAUUCAUUCUAUUUUAAAAUAUACAUCAUUUGAAAAUGAAACAGUGUACAGUUAAAUGGUUUAGAACUUUUUUACUUAGCAUUGUUAUGCUAUUUUUAUUACAAAUCACAUAUACGGACAGUGUGCCAAUAGGAAAUCCAGAAACGGCGGUGAAAAAUAUGCAUAAAAUUCCACAAUGGCAUUGUUUGAGAUAUCGAAAAUUUGAUUUGUAUCGCAGAUGUCGUCAUUUUCGCAGUUCAGCAGGAAUGAGACACAAAUAAUUUUACGAAUUUGUGACAUAUGAAUUUUUCU